AUGAUAAAAAUUGUGUAUCCGUAUCGAGAAUCCGAAAUAAAUUUGAUACAAAAUUCCGGAUUAAAUGGGAGUCAAUUUGAGUCCUCGAUGGCAUCGGAACUCAUACAGCCUUAUAAUGACUACACGAAUAUGAAUCUAAAUAUGCAAACAAACAACGAAUUGAUUGCAACCCAAAGCCCCUACACUUCAAUGCAAAUGAACGAAGAAUUAGAUUUUGAAUCAAUAUUCACAGAAUAUCCGUCAGACGAUUGCAAUCAACAGUCGGUGCCGUUUGAGUUCAGUCAACACAUGGAGCCGAUGCCUAUCGUCCACAAUAUCGCACAGACAUCCCUUGUAAACACAAACGCGAUAAAUAAUUUCGCAAUCGAUCAGCAAUACAUGCCUCACAUACCUGUGCCCACAAACACCGCCCCAUACUAUACAGGCGUGAAUGCGAUGUCACAACAAAGCCCAUCCGUUGAUGAGAUGCACGUCCGACAAACACACGCAUACCAUCACUGCUUAAAACGCAAAGUUUCCAAAACAAUGAAAAGGUGUGAACACCAGAAGAAGAAGUUGGGCCGACCCGUCGAGAAUUACAAUAAGAAAGGAGUGACCCCUAGAAUCAAACAAUUCAUUUUGGAUCAGCAAAAGAACCGAUUGGAGGUCACAAACCAUGAACUCAAGUGGAGAAUGGCGUCCAUUAUAAGCGAAAUGAAUGCAUUAAAAACCAGAUUUAUCAACGACUUUGGUUAUCUGCCUCCUCAGCCUCCCUUGGAGUUUGAUCACAAGGCAAGGCCUGAACAAUAA